ACAUGGUAUUUUUGUAAAUUUCAGAAUAUAAAUUUUAAACCAAAGAGCCACAUUUUCGAGCCAAAUCUGCGAAUAUGGUUUUGCUUACUAUAGGACUUGCAGUGGCCGGUGGAGUUGUAAGCACAUUAGGUGUCCCUGCAGCUCUUGGCGCCUUGGGAUUUACUUCAGCUGGUAUUGCUGCAGGAAGCGCAGCUGCGGCUUGGAUGUCGUCUUAUGGUGGGGCUGUGGCAUCUGGAUCUUUACUUGCAGUUUGUCAGUCUAUCGGAGCCGCUGGUUUGGGAGCAGCUGGAACGGCAAUUGGUGCGGCAGCCGGUGUCAUCAGUUCAAUACUUUUUCUCUGAAAAAUAGAUACUGUCAAAGACUUUUACAAAGAGCAACAAAAUUUUCGACAAUAGACGUUUUAUUUGUUUAAAAGAAAUUUCCUUUUAUUUUGAUACUCAAAAUGUUCAUACCUAAAGUGUUUACAAGACAUUGCUAUUAUUGGUUUAUAUUCAAACAUUCAAAUCCAAAGUUCUAAAUAUACAGGUAAAGUGUAAAGGAAAACUGAAAUGUAUUUGAAUAAAAGAGUAAACUUUGGUUAAAACUGC